AUGGACUCUGCUAGAAGGAUGCUUGCUGGGACAGUGGAUCGUUUCACAAAAGUGUUCAGUUCUAAGCAGAAUCGGGGCUUGGCAGCCAUGGUUGUGUCGUGUGUGACGUCACCGUACGGGCAUCAGCUGCACUGGCAGGACAGCGUGGAAGAAGGGCAUUUCGGAUUCACAACCAAGGAGACGGGCCAGUACAUGGCCUGCUUUUGGCUACCCGUAGACCAUCCGCAAGAGAUCCACAGCGUCAUGGUUGAGCUUGAAUGGAAGAUUGGUGUAGCAGCUAAGGACUGGGGCAAAAUCGCCAAGAAGGAUAAACUUGAUGUGAGUCAUUACGUCGGAACGCGGUUUGGCAUUAUGUCGGAGGCGAAGCGGGUGCGCUUGGGGUUCGUGGGCGCGGGGCAGAUGGCGGAGGCGCUGGCGCGGGGGAUGAGCGCCGCGGGGGUUGUAGCAGCGAGCGACAUGAGCGCCAUGGAUCUCAGCCAGGAGCGACUGGCCGUGUUUGCCGAGAUGGGGGUGGCUGCUAAGACUACGUGCAAAGAGCUUGCAGCAGCCAGCGAUGUGAUCUUCAUUGCUGUGAAACCCCACACGGUGAAGGCGGUACUAUCGGAACUGAGAGACAGCGCCGCCAUCACAAGCACCCACCUGGUUGUGUCCAUUGCUGCGGGAGUGACGAUUGCGAAUCUGCAGCAGUGGGCGGGUGACGAGGCGAAGAUUGUUCGAGUCAUGCCGAAUACCCCGUGCCUCGUGGGGCAAACAGCAGCAGCCAUGAGCCUGGGAGGCAAGGCGACAGCCGAAGAUGCAGCACUGGUGCGGCGCAUGUUUGAAGCAGUUGGGAAGAUACAGCAGGUGGAGGAGAAACUGCUGGAUGCGGUCACUGGGCUCAGUGGCAGCGGCCCGGCAUAUGUGUUCAUGGCGAUAGAGGCGCUGGCGGAUGGAGGGGUGGCUGCUGGCCUGCCAAGAGACGUUGCUCUCUCGCUCGCCGCUCAAACCGUGUACGGAUCUGCAAAGAUGGUAUUGGAAACGGGCAAGCACCCCGGCCAACUCAAGGACUCAGUGGCAUCUCCUGGAGGUACAACGAUUGCAGGCAUUUAUGCACUGGAGAAGGGAGGAUUCCGAGCGACGUUGAUGAACGCAGUAGUUGCAGCCACGGAAAGAAGCAAAGAGCUGUCAAAGUAG